CGAGCCUCACCCAAAGAGUCAAAAUCCCUCGCGAAGCGUUGACUACACCCCGAAUUCGAGAAUAAUGGCGACUUUGAGGGUUCUUGUGAAAAAUUUCACCCGCAAGCUGCCGCUCGCUCGCCGGCGACUCUCUCCGCCGUCAGAUCGAUCGCUACGAACUUGUCUCCGCCGUCGAGAGCCGUCGUCUACGAGCAGCACGGCUCACCGGAUCAGGUCACCAAGAUCAUUGAGGUUCCACCGAGAGAAUUGAAAGAAAAAGAUGUUUGCGUCAAAAUGCUUGCAGCUCCCAUUAAUCCUUCGGAUAUAAAUAGGAUUGAAGGUGUGUAUCCUGUAAGGCCUCCUGUCCCUGCGAUUGGGGGUUAUGAAGGAGUUGGCGAGGUACAUUCAUUGGGCUCUGCAGUCAGCGGCCUCUCGAUUGGAGAUUGGGUUAUACCAUUUCCUCCGUCCUCUGGAACUUGGCAGAAUUACAUUGUAAAAGAAGAGAAUAUCUGGCACAAAGUUAGUAAAAAUAUCCCUAUGGAAUAUGCUGCAACAAUUACUGUAAAUCCUUUGUCUGCUUUGCUGAUGCUAGAGGAUUUUGUUAAACUGAAAUCUGGUGAUACUAUUGUGCAAAAUGGUGCUACUAGCAUUGUGGGCCAGUCUAUUAUCCAGCUUGCAAAAGUUCAGGGUGUCAAUAACAUAAAUAUUAUUAGAGACAGGCCCGGCUCAGAAGAAGUUAAAGAAAGGCUUAAAAAACUAGGUGCAGAUAUGGUGUUUACUGAAAGCCAGUUGAACGUGAAGAAUGUCAAGAGUUUACUGGAUGAUCUGGCCGAGCCUGUCCUUGGCUUUAAUUGUGUUGGGGGAAAUGCUGCUUCUUUAGUCCUUAAGUUCUUAAGUCAGGGGGGCACUAUGGUAACUUAUGGUGGAAUGUCAAAGAAGCCUAUUACUGUAUCUACUUCCUCAUUCAUAUUUAAGGAUCUUUCUUUGCGAGGAUUCUGGCUGCAAAAGAUUUUUAGCUCAGAGAGAGUUGCAGAUUGCAGACCAAUGAUAGAGUAUCUGCUGAAAUUAGUUGAAAGUGGCAAGCUGAAAUAUGAGAUGGAGCUGGUUCCUUUCCAUGAUUUCAGCAUGGCACUGGAUAAAGCACUUGGGAAAUUGGGUAGCCAACCCAAACAAGUUAUCAAAUUCUGAGAGAUUUUAAUCUCCCAAAUUCUGAGAGAUUUUAAGCUCUCUGGGGCUUUUUUUCCCUUUCUUUUACUGUAACAAAUGGAUGUUCGAGGAAUAAAUGUAAAUUGAGAAUGGUUGUAAAGAAAAUAAGAGUUUAUUCCAAAAUUUUGAAUUUGGAUGCA